UAUAAGGUGGUGAACUAAAAGAUUCUACUUCAACUUUCUAAUUAAUAGGAAGCUGAUUUCAAGGUAUUUAUUAGUUAAAUAUUUUAUAUAUAUUAGCCAUGAUAUAAUGAUCAACUAAAGAAGAAUUACCAGAUAGGAAUUACCAGAUAGAGAAUCUUCAAUAUGUUCUCCACUUCAAUAUGUGUUGCUUUAUGGAAGGCAAUACGAGGUAUGGUAAAAGUUUAGUUAUUGAGGAUUGAUAGACCCUUAUGCUUAAAUGAUUAAGAGGCUAGAAUACUUGCCCUCGUUAUUUGCAUAAUUGAUUUUCAGGUUUUAACCCCUUGAAAUUUCUUUUGUAAUAUACUUUCUCCAAAAGCUUCUUAACCUUCUCCAUUCUCCUUGAAGGUGCUUACACGAUUUUAAUUAGGUAAUUUCAGGUCCAAAUUCAAAUUUAUACUAAUAGUAGAGGCUUAUUUUCAAAAGGAAUACCAAAGAUACACCAAAGAUUUUCCAUUCUCCAGAUUGUUUCUAUAACGCUGAAGUAUUGGUGGACACCAAAUUUCUCUCACUACCUAAUCGUUAAGAGCCCUUCCUACCCAAUUACCCAUUCACUGAAGAGAGAGAAACAGAGAGGAGGGAAGGAUGUCUGCUGCAUCACUGUGUUCUUCAACUCAGAUCAAUGGACUUGGUGGGGGUCUCAGGCUUCAAAGAACCAAUCUUUCUCAACCCAAGUCGAUUACUAUUGCCUCCAGGAGAAAAAUAUGUACUGUGGUGAAGGCUUCAGCUCGUGUUGAUAAGUUCUCAAAAAGUGAUAUCAUUGUCUCUCCAUCUAUUCUUUCUGCUAAUUUUGCAAAGUUGGGGGAGCAGGUAAAAGCAGUUGAGUUGGCAGGUUGUGAUUGGAUCCAUGUUGAUGUUAUGGAUGGUCGUUUUGUUCCAAACAUCACAAUUGGACCUCUUGUGGUUGAUGCGUUGCGCCCUGUAACAGAUCUUCCUCUGGAUGUGCAUUUGAUGAUUGUCGAACCAGAGCAGCGAAUCACAGAUUUUAUCAAGGCUGGAGCAGACAUAGUCAGUGUUCAUUGUGAGCAAUCAUCCACCAUCCAUUUGCACCGUACAAUUAAUGAGAUAAAAAAUCUGGGUGCUAAAGCUGGAGUCGUCUUAAACCCUGCUACACCAUUGACUGCAAUAGAGUAUGUGCUUGAUGUGGUUGAUCUGGUAUUGAUUAUGUCGGUGAACCCUGGUUUUGGGGGGCAGAGCUUUAUUGAGAGCCAAGUAAAGAAAAUCUCUGAUUUAAGAAGAUUAUGUGCAGAGAAGGGAGUAAACCCAUGGAUUGAAGUUGAUGGUGGAGUUGGUCCAAAAAAUGCUUACAAGGUUAUUGAGGCUGGAGCUAAUGCUCUCGUUGCUGGUUCAGCUGUCUUUGGAGCUAAAGAUUAUGGUGAAGCUAUUAGAGGAAUCAAAACCAGCAAAAGGCCAGUAGCAGUUGCUGUGUGAUUGACAACCAUCGGAUAUCAGAUCUAAAUACAAACCAUGAAAUAAUAGCGACAAAUGGAUAAGCAGUGUGCUGCUGCCUUCAUAUUGUUGUCAGAUCUACUUGCAGUAUCAGAUAACUGGAUAAAUAAUCUAAUGAAGGCAGCGGUAGGACAGUGAGUGAAGCUUACUUUGUGUACUAUUUGCAAUUUAGGAAUUGAGUGAUUCACAUCUAUCAAAAUCUCCAUCAGUUUCUUUUUAAUAAAGCAGUCCUUUCACCUUUGUUGUUGAUGCUUCAAAAUUUAUUUUGCUAGUUUUCUCCAUGGACGUCAAGGUUCCAUGACAUUGACUUUGAAUCAAUGUUUUGUAGUUAGUGGAUGGGCUAAACUCCGUAUUUGAAUU